UACGAGGAAAAUUUGGCCUCCCUGCUACCUCGUGGCUCCUGGUGUAUGUUACAACAGAUCUGUGUCAGUGCUACUAACUACAUUCUGAAACAUUGACUAGGCCGCCUGGUCCAUCAGUGUGGUUAAAAACACCCGUGGCUCCUCAGCAUCGUUCCUAGCGCCCAUCAUAACCAUUAGCCAACCCACCACAUCAUGGGUGAUAUCGAAAAGGGCAAGAAGAUCUUUGUGCAGAAGUGCACCCAAUGCCACACCAUCGAGGCCGGCGGCAAGCACAAGGUGGGCCCCAACCUCCACGGCAUGUACGGCCGACAGACGGGCAAGGCUGCGGGCUACAGCUACACCGACGCCAACAAGUCCAAAGGUGUGACGUGGAACGAGGAGACUUUGGAUAUCUAUCUAACGAACCCCAAAAAGUACAUUCCCGGUACCAAGAUGGUGUUCGCAGGCCUGAAGAAGAAAGGCGACCGUGAGGACUUGAUCGCUUACCUCAAGUCAGCCAGUUCGUCGUAACGCGCCCUAUGUUCAAUCAACCACGUGCUCGAAGAAGACAUUUCAGGCCAUAGAAAAUAAUCCAAGACUCAAUUGAAGAAUGUUAUCCAACAUCCAACAUCUUGAAACCACAGCAGUGUUCUAGAGAAUGAAAGGAAAGAAUAAAACAACUUUAGCUCCUCAGCCAUUCUCGCAGAUCAAUCGCACUGCCUCCCAUCCUCCCUCAUUCCAAGAUGUGCCGGGCUGGUUCCGAUCUCAUUCUUAGCUCGGAUUUUCAUUUUUCUGAAUUAUGUCUGUUGUAUUGCUUAGACCUAGUUUAGAAAUAACACUUUUUUGUUAUUGUCA